AUGGUGCUAUUGCCAUAAAUUUAUCUAACAAAACACACAAAAUUGUGAUAACAAUACAUUGGUCGAUGAUAAUUUCUUAAUACCCGCAAUUAGGGGUAAAAGUCGCUAAAAUAAUCAGAAUCCUCGCGCGAUUUCUGUUCCCUCUUUCAUUUCGCACUUGAUCUUAGGGCUCACACAUGCUUUGAUGGCGUCUCCUUCAAUGGCUCCGACGACACAACGGAAAGAAGAUGAGUGUCUCCGACGAGUUCGUCGUUUGAGAUUCCGUUCACCACCGGCAGCACUCUUCACCACCGGCCGCUUUCCAACUCCGACGACAUUCUUCACCACCAGCCCCUUCGCAACCCUAGGGCUUUUUCCCCUUCAUGCUUCGAAUGGAGUGAGAUUUUUCACCUGAGAGGAAAAAUCCCGAUCGAUUGUGCCCGCUCCCACCGUCGUCGACCACAUAUUGAGGUUUGUCACCAAUUUCGGCUUGGUCCGUCGUUGCCGGCGGAGGAAGACACGAAUACUCCUUUCGUUGUCGCUAUGGCUUCACUCUCGAUCUCUGAAUCUCGCUCUUGAAUCGCAAAUCCUUCUCUCCUCUGUUCUUGUCACCAAUCGCAUGGCAAAUCACAUUUCCUCUCUUCUCUGUUUGUGUCUUUGUUUCUGCACAACUCUGACAUAUUGCUAUGAAUUUCACUAAUGUGGUGGUGCAGGGACAAAGAGAAAGGAUAAAGGGUGUAAUCAUGGAGGAGGGUAUGAUUCUCAGUCUUGAUUUCAAUGUUUUUCCAAUUUUAGCCAUAUCAAUGUGGCUUAUAACUCUGAUUUUACUAAGUUAGUGUCUAAGCAUCUGCUCUUCUAGCUAGGCUAUGAUAAUCUGCUAUUUUAGCUAUGGUUCCUGGUAAAUUUAUGUUUAUUGUGCUUUCAUGGAUGGAGUUAUGGUCCUUUGGAGCUACUAGUGUUGUGGCUUCAAGCAUGGGUGAUGGUGGAGAUUGGCAGCUUCUUGUGUGAUAGGGUUGGAAGCUUGAAAAGAACUUGAGGUUCCUUUUGCAAAAGAUGUGGAAGCAAAGUGACGUGGGAAGUUUGAUGAGAAUUGUUUUUCGAAAAAACCGGAGGCAAGGGAUAAUAUUUCCUUAAUGAUGGAAGACAUUGGAACUUCUCGUGUUUGGAACAUGCACUAUAGGUCAUGCCUGGGUGGUUGUUGUGCCAGUCCUGAACUAGGUCUAUAGGAAGCUGCUAUAUCUGGUUGAUUAUGAGGGGGACUAGAACAAGUAUGAUAAGAGUUUGAACAAAGUAGGAGCAGAACUCGUAAAGCUAUGAGGAGUUGAAGGAGCAUGUGGAGGAAAACGAAGUCACAACUUUGACGAGGAUGAAGAAGAAUAUGACGACGACAAUGAAGAUGAGGAGCGUGACGUAGAGUUUGUAGGGCCAUGGUGCCCACUCCGGCCAAGUUCUAUCAUCAGGCUAGUGAAGCCAUUUAUGGCACAUUGAGAUGUGGUUAUGUGUCUGAGUGAGAAAGAAAUUGAGUUUGAAGCACUGCAUGUUGACCUGAGUUCCUCAAGAUUUCAGGUUCAAAUUUUCACUUUUUUUUUUAAAAGUUCAUUUUAAUCUUAUACUUUAUCACCUUGUUUGCCACAUUGGGUUUUCCUUUCCCUGUUUGUCAUAAUUUGUUUCCAGAUAAUCUUGUUGUUUCUCACUGUGAUGCUUUGUCGCUGUUUGGCAUUAAUGUUUCCUAGCUUGUUUGGUGUUGUUAAAUGAUGAAGUUUAAAAUCUUAUUUGUGUAGUAGUUUUAGUGUUUAUCUUCCAUGGUUUUCUACUACUCUAGUUCUGAAACUAUACAAGGUAAUGAAUUGAGUGUUAAGAGCAUUAGUGCUCAUGUAAGUUUUAUGCAAGUAGGUAUUUGAGUUGCAAGUUCUAUUUUUUGGCAGCUAUGAAACCCAUUCCUGGCGGUUCUAAACGCCCAAAAUUGGCUUUAUGCAAAUGAAGGCGUUUAGCGGCAAUAGUAAAUGCCGCUAGAUAUGGCCGCUAAACGACGACGCCUUUUACUGGCCGUUUUUUACAUCUUUACCGGCGCCCGGUAUAAGCGCCGGCAAAGCCUUUGCCGACCCCCGAUACACGUGUAACUUAUAGAACAUAACGCAUCAUUUAAAAAAAAUUAAAAACAUAAUGUACAUAUUAGCUCCUGAAACUAAGGUGAUCUCCUUCUAUAAAAUGUCCAUGUUGAAAGAAAUCUGAGUGAAAAACUGAAGCAUAAGAGAAAUUUAAGACUGAGCUCGACAUUUUCAUGAACUAAAUAUAAGACACACAUGGUUCUAAUUAUGGGCCUGCUCUUAGCACACCAAGCAAUUAAAUUGUUAGUGUAGUGUGUAACACGGUGAUGAAAUCAUGAAAAGGAACUUUUAGUUUAUAAUUGCAUUCCGUUAAAACUCAUUUAGAAGCUGUUAGUGACAACUGUAACUCAAUUAGGACAGUGAUGAUGUUCGAAUCCAAGAAAAUGAAGACGAUAUACAUUAGCCCGAGCUACAGGUGGAACUUAGACAAUCUCCAAGUAAUCCCUCAAUAACUACUUCUAUCCUUUUUUAUAUAUAAUUCCCCCAUGCCAACAAUUUAAUAUUAAUUACUAUCUAACUAACAUACAAUGGCCUACAAAUGCCAAAAUUCUUAUAAAAGUGGCCAGAAGCCCAGAAGAUACACAUUCUAAAAAAAGGCAUAAUAGUAAAAAUUAAGCAACAAAAACAGCGCAAUUAGCAUUCAAAAUAAGUUGCACUGUUUAAAGAAGACACAUAAUAGUUGAAACCAAGUGCAUCUACCCGAUAUGAAUCACCGGAAGAGUUAUAGAUUGAGGAAAUUUUCUACUUUUAUUACCUAUAACAGUUGUUGCUGAAGUGUUUCCAACUUGUGUCAUGCUUCAUAGAAAUGUUUAAAGAUUCAGCACCCAUAAACACUAAUCUGAGAGACGGAACAAAAGCUCAAAAAAUCAAUCAGCUGAAAAGUAACUCAUGCUUCUUCAUAAUUCAGUGCAGAAUGAAUAAAUAAAAUGAAAUAUAAUACUCAGUAAAUUAUAGGUAAUCAAAGUAAGAUCAUCUGUUAGGUUUUUUAGUUUUAAAUUAUUCUGGGAAUGAAAGGGUAAAUUGAACAAAAAGUAAAGAAGAAAGACCAAUAAAUACAAAAUGAAUAAGAAGAAAAUGGGGAAAGGUUUCUCCAGCCUUAAAAAAAACACCUAGAAAGAACCAAUUGUUCCCAAAAUGACCCAAAUGUCCGAUAUGACAUCUAUCCGAACACAAAGUUGUAGCAAACUCAGCAAACUAUGGGUUCUACAGAGAGAUAGAGAGAUGAAAAGGAAUCAAAUGAAGAAAACUCUGGAAAAUAAAGGGGGGAGGGGAGGGAAGAGGGGAUUACUUGCGAAGAGCCUAGAUCAUGAGAUCGCCGACCUUGGAGAGUAAGUACUCCACUGCAUUUGAAACGCCAGUCGGAGAGGAAGCCGAAGGGGGCGGUGGCAGUGCGGAUCGCAGGUUCUGGCUCGGGUUGGGACUUGGGAGCAGAAGAAGUUGAAGAAGGAGGACUCGAGUUCCUCAGAGUGGUAGAGAGACCUAGGUGAGGAAGGAGAGCGCGAAGGAGAUGAGACCUGUGAAGCAAGACUGGGAAUUUUGAGUUGGUAGUGAGAAUGAGAACAAUAAAUAUAGAUAGUAAAUUUGAAAUUUGAAAACUUUUGGAGAUGCAGAUGAAACCUCGACCACCGAAAAAGUUUAGAGAUUUGGUUCCCAAUGUGUCAUCUUGGGGAAUAAGGAUUCUUGGGGAAGGAUGCUGAUGGCGGUGCAGGGUAUAUGAUUGGUCAUGGUGGCCAUUGAUGGAAGAGAUUAAUUGGAAUGGUAAUUAUGAAGGCUUGCAUGCUUCUGUGGUAUGUGUGAAGCAUUUAAAAAAGGAAUUGGAAGAUGCACUCUUUGGGAAUCUUCUUGUGGAAGAGAAAAAUGAGAGAUUUCCAAGUCAGCGAAACAGGCAACGUGAUUGGUAGAUGAGUGCCACGUGAAAGCUGAGUGGAGAAGGAGAAUGAAGAGAAGGUGACACAUAAUCACGGAAAGGAGGGAAGCAAGGAGAGAGAGCCACUUAGGAAAUCCACUCACUGUAAGAUUGCACUAGAGAAGAGAAUGCAUGAGGAGCUGACACAUCAGCAAAUGGGUCUUAUAAUCCUUGCUGUUUUAAUAUAUAUAUUGAUAUUGAUGUGGGGUAGUCAAUGUGUAUGCUCCCUGCACCAUGAUUGAAAAGCGUAAUCUUUGGUCCUCUAUUGAGGUGUGGUUUUCUACUUGCCCUACCUCCUGUAUUUGUAUUGCCGGGGAUUUCAAUGCGGUUCGGCAUUCUGAUGAGAGAGUUGGAGUAAACGGAGUUACGUUUGCAGGCAGAAGGGAAUCAGAGGACUUCAAUUCUUUCAUUGCAAAUCUUCAACUUUUGGAUCCUCCUCUCGUGGGUGGGAAAUACACUUGGUUUCGUCCAAAUGGCGAGGCUUGUAGCAGAUUGGAUAGAUUCCUAUUAUCAGAUGAUUGGGCGUCAACUUGGCCUAAUCUUGCUCAAUAUGUUCUCCGCCGGAAUUAUUCCGACCACUGUCCGAUCCUCUUGAAAACUACAGCAGCUAACUGGGGUCCAAAACCAUUUCGUGUACUCAAAUGUUGGUUUCAAGAUCCGAGGUUUAAGCCUUUCGUGGAGUCUUCAUGGUCCUCAUUACAAAUCCAAGGUUGGGGCGCUUUUGUGGUAAAAGAAAAAUUGAAGGGCCUCAGACCUUUACUCAAAGGUUGGAACAAAGAAAUAUUUGGUGACAUAAACAGGAAGUAUUCUGAGAUUUUGGACUCUCUCACUGGCUUGGAUCAGAAAAUGGCUACCUCAGGUUUAUCAUCGGCAGAGAAGGAUUUACGUAGGGCUGUGCAGAAUGAGUUGUGGCAAGUGGCUAGACUAAGGGAAUCCAUCUUGCAUCAAAAAUCCCGCUGCCAAUGGAUCAAGGAUGGAGACUCUACUUCUAGGUUUUUCCAUGCUUAUAUCAACCGCAGACGUCAAAUAAAUAAAAUAGUGGGCCUGGAUUUGAAUGGUAAUUGGGAAGAAGAGCCUAGUGUGGUGAAACAUGGAAUCAAAUCUUUCUUUGAGCAGAAAUUUAAAUGCCAUUAUUGGAAUCCUCCGAAACUAGUGGGGUACCAUUUGAUCAGUUAACAGUAGAAGACAAUUCUCUUUUGAUAGCUCAUGUGGAUAGUGUUGAACUGAAGGAAGCGGUCUGGGCCUGCGAUGGGGAUAAAAGCCCGGGCCUGGAUGGUUAUAACUUUAAAUUCAUGAAGUCUUUUUGGCAUCUUUUGUCUGCAGAUGUUCACAAGAUGGUAAAUGAAUUUUUUCAAAAUGGGUGCUGGCCCCGUGGCUACAAUUCUUCUUUCAUAGUUCUCCUCCCAAAGAAAUCAGUUCCAUCCGGUUUAAAUGAUUACAGGCCCAUUUCGUUGGUUGGCUGCACUUAUAAGAUCAUCUCUAAAAUUCUUGCCAACCGAAUCAAACAAGUGCUGCCCCGUGUGAUUCAUGACAGUCAAUUUGCCUUUCUCCCGGGCAGGGGCUUGCUGGACAGUAUUCUUAUAGCAAAUGAAUGGGCCCAUGAUGCUAAGUGCAAGAAGGUGAAAUCUAUGGCCUUCAAGGUGGAUUUCGAAAAGGCGUACGAUUCAGUCCGUUGGGAUUUUUUUAUUUUACAUGAUGCGGAGACUAAACUUUAGUCCCAAAUGGAUAUCACUAGUACAAAGCUGUCUUGAAUCUUCUAGAGUUUCUGUACUUGUUAAUGGAAGCCCGACCGACGAAUUUAGCAUGGAAUUGGGCCUGCGCCAAGGUGACCCAAUGGCUCCAUUUCUCUUCUUGAUAGUGGCUGAAGGUUUGAACUGUUUGUUGCGACAAGCAAUAAAUUUAAACCUGUUUUCUGGUUAUCGAUUUGGAAAUUCUGAAGGGGAGAUGGUCUCAAUUUUACAAUACGCUGAUGACACCUUGUUUAUCGGGGAAGCUACACGCCGGAAUGUUUUUACUGUAAAAUCAAUUCUGCGUUGCUUUGAACUUUCCUCCGGUUUGAAGGUAAAUUUCAAUAAAAGCAAAUUGGUGGGAAUCUCUGUGGAGGACCGAGAGCUUCAGGUCAUGGCUAAUAUUCUGAAUUGUCGAAUUUUGGAUCUCCCCUUUAGCUAUUUGGGUCUUCCCGUUGGCGGUAAUCCUAGAAGGAUUUCUUUUUGGGAUCCUGUGAUUGCUAAACUGAAAUGCAGGCUUUCAAAUUGGCGCAGUAAGAACUUAUCCUUUGGUGGCAGAAUCAGUUUAAUUAAUAGCACUUUGUCCGCUAUUCCACUGUAUUUCUUAUCAUUCUUUAAGAUGCCCGAAGGUGUGAUUAAGACGUGUACUCAGUUAAUGAGA